AAAAGCGGAAGAAAUGCAGACGAACAAAUAUCUCAUUUUAACAAUCAGAGUGAAGACCAUUCUUUGACUCAGGUAAAAGAGAAGAAGCAGAUCAAGGUGUGUUUGACCCUGAUCUAUAAACAAAGGAACAUUCAAGCCUAAAGACAAGCAUCUCUUGAGAAUUGGAUGAUGGAUAACUGCCAACGGUGUAUGAAGACUAAGGAUUUGAUGACGAUCUGAGCUUUCGCCAAGAGGGACUCCCUGGUCAUUUAGUAAUUGCAAUUGCUGCAGCUGCUCUUGGUUCCUCUUUCCAGCAUGGUUAUAACACAGGCGUUGUCAAUGCUCCACAAGCAGUUAUCGAGAAAUUUAUCACCGAUACUUACUUUGCAAAGUACAACGAAAUGCCAACAACAUCUGUGGUUACCGUCAUCUUUUCGCUAAUGGUGUCUGUCUUUUGUCUCGGGGGUAUGAUUGGUGCUCUGGGUACAGCUUUCUUGGCAGAGAAAUUUGGUCGCAAAGGUGGACUUCUUUUGAACAAUAUUUUGGUCUUCAUAGCAGCAGCACUGAUGGGGUUCGGAAAAAUGGCCAAAUCUUAUGAAAUGUUGAUUGUAGGAAGAUUCGUAAUAGGAUUAAAUUCUGGUCUGAAUGCUGGCUUAGCUCCAAUGUACCUGACGGAAAUAUCUCCAAUUCAUUUGCGAGGAGCAGUUGGCACCAUAUACCAGUUGAUUAUAGCAUUUUCAAUCUUAAUAUCUCAAAUAUUUGGAAUGCCCGAAGUAUUAGGAACAGAAGAAGCAUGGCCAAUUCUUUUUGGGCUGAUCAUUGUGCCAUCUGUAUUCAUGCUGGUGACAUUGCCCUUAUGUCCAGAGUCGCCUAAGUACAUUCUUAUAAACCAGGGUAAAGAUGUUGCAGCACAGAAGGCCUUGAAGUGGUUACGGGGCACCAGUGAAGUACAUUAUGAAAUGGACGAAAUGAGAGCAGAAUUUGAGGAGAUGAAAACUGUUCCAAAAGUGACACUUAAGGAAAUUGUGUACAAUUCGGUAUUGCGCAAACCUCUCAUCAUUUCUGUUGUGAUCAUGUUAUCACAGCAGCUCUCUGGAAUCAACGCGGUUAUCUUUUAUUCCACGGAAAUUUUUAUGAAUGCUGGUCUGCCAAAAGAAACGGCUGUCUAUGCCACUUUGGGAAUGGGUACUAUCAAUGUCUUGAUGACCAUUGUAUCCAUGGUUCUAGUGGAAAAAGCAGGACGCAGGACACUGCACAUGUUUGGAUUAGCUGGCAUGAUGAUCAUCAGUCUCUUGCUCACAAUAUGUCUAGCUUUGACACCGAAAGCACCAUGGUUAUCUUACGUCAGUAUUAUUUGCAUCAUUGGAUUUAUAAUAAUGUUUGCUAGCGGUCCAGGAUCCAUUCCUUGGUUUCUUGUAGCUGAACUUUUUGGGCAAGGAGCUAGACCUAUAGCAACAAGUAUAGCAGUAGCUGUUAAUUGGAUGGCGAAUUUUAUAGUCAGUUUAUCGUUCCUUCCAAUUACGGAAAUGAUUGGAGAAUACACUUUCCUUAUCUUCACAGCACUUUUGGCGAUGUUUUGGCUGUUCACGUAUAACAAAGUUCCUGAAACAAAAGGCAGGACAGUAGAAGAAAUUGCUGCCAUUUUCCGAGAAAAAACUUCUACCUAAUAACAAAAACGUAGCCUGCUGGAAAGUCACUAUGAAGUGGAAUUCUACAACAAAAAUCCAGUCCUGCUGGAAAAUUGCUAUUACGUGGAAUUAUAUAAUCGAUACAUUUCUGAAAUCCAGACAUUAUUUCAUUCUCUGUGAGAAAAAUGGCUAAGGAACAAUUCAUUUGAGAUAUUAAUGAAUUGUUUUAUUUGUUGUAUAUAUACAUACAUGAAGAUAUAUACUAUGCACAUAUUUACAGAACUGAGUAUAUAUAUUAUAUAUUUUUAGCUCAUAUUAUCUUGAAAGAAUUUUUCCAUUUGUAUUUUAUGUGUAUGUAACCAGUUUCAUUCAUACUUUAUUGUACAUAAUUAUAUUUCAUCAAAUUUAAAUAAAA